GGGCUCUCCAUCUUUAGCCCACUGAGUGACUCUUACAGCCCAGGUCAGGCACAAACGACCAUUUUGCAAAUCUUUUCCACAUUUCUCAAGAAACUUAGUGCAAUUCAACAGAAACCAUGAGGCACUGCUUUCUGAGAUGGGAGAAACCAGAUGUAGUUUGCUCUGGGGGCGGUUGAUAUCUCUUCAGAAUAUCAGCAGACCAACCUCUGCAGCUGCAUCCUGCCCUUUCAGUUCCUCGAAUAUCUGUGCAUUAAAAAAAAUGCUGUUUAUAUUAACCCCUUUUCUUGUCCACAAAUACAGGUCCCAAGGUACAUUAAGUAAGCAGUUUCCUGCUGGUGAACCCUGAUGAAACCCAUAUCUCAAGGCCCCCAGACUUUGAGGGGUGCCAGGCCAGGUUGCACAGGCCCCCUCUGAAACAUGUUCAGCCAAAACCCAGAUCCUACCAGUACUGGGUCUUUAGGAGCUUCAGGUUCACAUCAGAGCAUUGCACCUCGGGCUCAUCUCUCAUCAGAGCCCCGAGAAGAGUCCAACAGACCCAUCCACGGGAUUCGCAGCUGCAGGAAGACAAAGGCCAAACCAGUUCAGUGCCCGUCUCCCCUCUUCCCUUUCCACAAUAGCCCCACUCUUCUCUUUCCUUGCCCUAUCCCUCCUUCACCCAUUGCCGUCUUGAAAGAGGCCCCCUUCCCUUGCCUCACUUACCCACUGCUCAGAUGGUGAGAGAUGACAACUGGCCCCUCACCCUCCAUUUUCCUCCUCCUGCCUCCAAAAAUCCCCCAAAUCUAACCAAGCUAAACCAAAACCAAAACCCAAAGUAAAUUAGUUUUCUACAGUUUCAGAAGUUUGAGAGGGAAGACGCCUGUUUAAUUUAUUCAAUGCCCGUCCCCCACAUUGGAGACCUGCUGCAGCCUCACUUUAAGUAGACGUGGUCCAGUCCCAUUUCAGACUGGUGGAGCGAUGGGCUUCGCAUCAUGCUCCAGGGAAAACCGUUCCACACCAAGACCCCGCUGGUUGGAAAUGUGUCCAAAAAUCUGCCCUCUUCCUGUUUUUCCCAGCUAUGCUCAGUCAGUUCAGGCUUGCGAGGCUGCAUUGCGCUUAGGUCAUGUACUAAAGACGUCUUUUUCAUUCUUAAUUUUGACGAGGUGACAACCAAACUGUGACAUGUACUUAUCUGGCCAUCAGCUCAGCAGGAAGCAGUGACUCUCGGGGAGGGAGAGAGAGAGAGAAAGGUUUCAAACCAACAGGAAAUGCUUUUACGUGUCAGAUGCUGCUGCUUCUAAGCCAAAGAACAAUUUUCACGGGCCGUGCGCGGAAGGAUACGGGGCCCUCUACUUUCCUUCCUGUACUUUCUCCUGUCUUACUAAGUGCUGUUAAAGACACUGUGCUCAUGUGAACCUGCAAUUUAAAGCAGCAUCCUGGAGGGCUGAAGCAGCCAGUCGUUGCUUGGAGGAUUGGGAAGCCGGUGAGAAGAUAUGGGAUGUUGCAAUGUGUGCGCCAGACAGGCUGGAUCUGCAGGAGGAGGCCAGGAUGUGAUAGAGCUACUGAAGAUAGGUAAUAGCAGAAAAUGGUCCAUCUCAGAAGCUCAGAGUGAAAGCUCCCUCCAUCCCAGGGAACCUGCGACCACAACCGAGACAGAAGUGAGCCUGACAUUAACUGAAGAGGAAGAUUUUCAUGGGAGGAGCAGGGAACUAGACCCUCAGGGAGCAGUGCUAUGGGGAAGAACACAAGAGGAGCUAAGGACCUUCCUGAUCACACAGCCCGUGCAGGGCUGGGAAGGGAGGAACAUCCAGUCCCUUGGGGAAAUAGUGUGGUCCUCCCUGGUUCACCUGCGCAGCUGCCACAUGGAGGAGAUGUCGGAACGCUACCUCGUGCUGUUCUCCUUCCAGCUGUUGAUUCUGUCUGUGGAUCACAAUAAGAAGGCAUUUGUCUAUGAGGGCCUGCUUCCUCUUGCUGGAAUGAACGUCAGGGAAGUGCAGAGGGAUGGCAGCGGCAUGUUUGAAAUCACCGGGCCCAUGAUAGAGUCCAGGAUCAUCUCGUGCCUCGCCUCAGCUGAAUUCCACAUCUGGGUUUUCAGCAUGCAGCACCAAAUCAAGAUGGCAAAUGCUCAGUGUCCACCCAGCCCCAGCAGCAAUAUUCCUUUCCUGGUGCCUUGUGAUGAGCAGUGGAAGAAACGGGAGCUGAUGAAGUGCCUGCUGUGCAACCCCAUUCUGAAGUGGGAAGGGACUCCCAUCCAGCACCUGGGGAGGAUACACUACGUGGCCAUGGUGCAAGUGGCUAAUGCCUGCAUGGGGGACUUUGAAGAGAGGCUGCUGGUCUUGUUUCCAGAAGACCUGGUUUUCCUCUCCGUAGACAGAGAGAGAACAGGAAUUACAUACGAGGGAAAACUCCCCUUACAUGGCAUCCAGGCAAAGGAGAAAUCUGCUCUGCUGGGGAGGCUGCAGUUUGAAGUUACAGGAAGCCUGAUGGAGCCCAUCCUCAUCACUUGUUCCACUGCAGAGGAUUAUGAAAAAUGCCUCUUCCACCUACAGAAGCCGGAGCAAAACAUGGAGACGAUGACUCUCCAGCCACCGCCCAUGGUGCCAAAGAAAUCACGGCGCCGUUAGUACUCUGGAGCUGAUGGAGAAUACCCCAGCACUGAGUGGAGGAGAGGAGUGUGUGCUGAGGAGGAAUCCCAAAUCGUGGAUUAUGGCAGAGAAAUGAGCCGUCGUACCUUCAAUCCAAACCUCUGCCAGCUGAGGUUGCAAAGCGAAGGGUUGAUCGGAAAGCCUAACCUAAGCUGGACUAGUUCUUUUUUGUGUAUAGAUCAGCUGCUGUUCUUCUCUCUGGGCUGCUGCAAUGAGCAUGGUACCUCGUGGAUGUAAGCCUAGCUCGACUAAGUCAUCGGGGAGCAAUCCUUUUUGAUGGGGUCCCUUUAUUUAUUGUCUGUGUCUUUGUGGAGGGAGAGAGACACCCUGUGAGAUAUCGUGUAAAUACGACAAAUAAAACCUGUUAAGCAAA